AUGAUUUACCAGGAUGCACCUAGACGUCAGUUCAGUAUGCAAAACUUGUUCACGGCCUAUGGAACAAUAGUAUUCGCAUUUGGAUGUCACGCGUUCCUUCCGGCGUUACAACACGACAUGAAAAAGCCACGCCUUUUUGCUAGAUCUCUAUGGGUGGCGCACAUAGUCAUUCUACUCUACUACUUGUCUAUCGCAAUUGGUGGUUAUCUCGUGUAUGGUGCAUCUGUUGGAGACGUAGUAAUUCACUCUAUACAAUGGCAAUGGUUGCAGCAGACGGCAAAUGUGAUAAUAAUGUUGCAUGUCCUUUCCACCAUGGUUAUGGCUUUCUCUCCUAUGGUUCAACAAAUUGAAACCGUGCUUCGAGUUUCUCACGGCAAGUUCUGUUUUGCUCAUUAA